CCAUCCCCGCCGCAUCCGCUGUCAUCCGAGUGCUUCAGGGAGCCUGAGGUCGUGCGCAGGGGUGGCAGGGCGCACCCUUAAGCGGUCCCCAGAUCGACAUUGUAGGGCACGGGCAACAGCAUGGACACCAAGCGCUGCUUCGCCAACCGCUUCGAUGACUACCAGGGCAGCCUGCUGGCGGGCCAGUGCGAGGAGGCGGUGGCGCCCUUGGUCACCGCCACCAUCGAGCGCAUCCUCCAGGAACUGCCCCCGCUUGGGGGCGGCGCUGAGGCCAGGGGGGCAACGGCCGGGGACAGCAGCUGCCAGGGGGGACUGUACAGCGGCGUGGCCGGGGUGGCCUACAUGCUCUACCACGUCUCGCAGAGCCCGCUCUUCGCCGCGGCCCGGGAGCGCUACCUGCGCUCCGCCAAGCGCCUCAUAGACGCGUGCGCCCGCGCUGAGGAGUGGGGCGAGCCGGACGCCGACACCCGCGCUGCCUUCCUGCUCGGGGGCGCGGGCGUGUACGCAGUAGCCACACUCGUGUACCACGCUCUGGGACGGUCCGACUACGUGCAGCCCUUGGGCAAGUUCCGGGCUCUAUGCACAGUCUGCGCGCCUGUCUCUUUCCUGGAGUGCGGCUCCGAUGAGCUGUUUGUGGGCCGCGCGGGCUACCUGUGUGCCGCGCUAGUGCUCAAGCAGAAACUCGCCCAGGAGGUGCUGACUCCAGUACAGAUUAAGUCAAUUUGCCAGGCAAUCCUGGACUCUGGGAAGCAGUAUGCCAUGAAGAAAAGGAAACCAUUCCCCCUGAUGUACUCUUACUAUGGAACUGAAUACUUAGGGGCAGCUCAUGGCCUGUCAUCCAUUCUCCAGAUGCUUCUUUCUUACCAUGAGCACCUCAAGCCUGCGGAUCGUGAACUGGUGUGGCAGAGUGUGGACUUCCUCAUGGAACAGGAACAGAAUUGCAACUGGCCACCUGAGCUCGGGGAGACCAUUGAGAGAGAGAAUGAAUUGGUCCACUGGUGCCAUGGUGCUCCAGGAAUUGCCUAUCUGUUUGCCAAAGCUUAUCUGGUUUCGAAGAAACCACAGUACCUGGACACAUGCAUCCGGUGUGGGGAGCUCACGUGGCAGAAGGGCCUGCUAAAGAAGGGGCCAGGGAUUUGCCACGGGGUAGCUGGCAGUGCCUAUGUUUUCCUGCUGCUUUAUCGACUUACUGGAAACUCGAAAUAUAUUUACCGUGCCCAAAGGUUUGCUCAGUUCUUAUUUACAGAGGAAUUCAAGUCUGGUUCUCGGGUUCUUGAAAGUAUAUACAGCUUGUAUGAAGGCUUCUCUGGGACAGUGUGCUUUCUGAUCGAUCUGCUGCAGCCCAGCCAAGCUGAAUUCCCUCUCUUCAGCGUCUUUGUUUAGAAGGUUCCAUCUCCCGCUGUGGGCCUGAAGAAGUUCCCUGAGAUUUCUCCAGCCUCUCCAAGGCAGUUUCCAUAUAAGCCACAUUCAAUGGUAUCACAACCAUGAGCCUUAACAUUGCCGCCAGAAGAAUGGGAGCAGGCAGGUGAAGGCAGCAUGAUACCAGACU